CCGGCAUCCACCCAUCACCUGCUACUUCUGGCCUCCUCCACGCUGUUCCAGUCCUUCUGGUCUUCCUGCUGUUACUAUUAGAAGGCCGGGACCGCCUCAGAACCUUGGGUCUGACUGUUCCCUCUGCUUGGGCACCAGUGGGGAGAUGUUGAAAUUUAAGUAUGGAGCACGGAAUCUGCCGGACACUGCUGAGCCUAUUGCCAGCCGGGCCUCCAGGCUGAAUCUUUUCUUCCAGGGGAAACCACCCUUUAUGACUCAACAGCAGAUGUCUCCUCUUUCCCGAGAAGGGAUAUUAGAUGCCCUGUUUGUUCUCUUUGAAGAAUGCAGUCAGCCUGCUCUGAUGAAGAUUAAGCACGUGAGCAACUUUGUCCGGAAGUAUUCCGACACCAUUGCUGAGCUGCAGGAGCUCCAGCCUUCUGCCAAGGACUUUGAAGUCAGAAGUUUGGUGGGUUGUGGACACUUUGCCGAAGUGCAGGUGGUAAGAGAGAGAGCCACCGGGGACAUCUAUGCCAUGAAAGUGAUGAAGAAGAAGGCCUUGUUGGCCCAGGAGCAGGUUUCAUUUUUUGAGGAAGAACGGAACAUAUUAUCUCAGAGCACAAGUCCUUGGAUCCCCCAUUUACAGUAUGCCUUUCAGGACAAAAAUAACCUUUAUCUGGUCAUGGAAUAUCAGCCUGGAGGGGACUUACUGUCACUUUUGAAUAGAUAUGAAGACCAAUUAGAUGAAAACAUGAUUCAGUUUUACCUAGCUGAACUGAUUUUGGCUGUUCACAGUGUUCAUCAGAUGGGAUAUGUACAUCGAGACCUCAAGCCUGAAAAUAUUCUCAUCGAUCGGACGGGACACAUCAAGCUAGUAGAUUUCGGAUCAGCUGCUAAAAUGAACUCAAAUAAGAUGGUGAAUGCCAAACUCCCGAUUGGGACCCCAGAUUACAUGGCCCCGGAAGUGUUGACAGUGAUGAAUGGGGAUGGAAAAGGUGUCUACAGCCUGGACUGUGACUGGUGGUCAGUGGGAGUUAUUGCUUAUGAGAUGGUUUAUGGACGGUCCCCGUUCACUGAGGGAACCUCAGCCAGAACCUUUAAUAACAUCAUGAAUUUCCAGCGGUUUUUGAAAUUUCCAGAUGACCUUAAAGUUAGUAGUGAACUACUGGAUCUGAUUCAAAGUUUGUUGUGCGGCCAGAAAGAGAGACUGAAGUUUGAAGGCCUCUGCUGCCACCCCUUCUUCUCAAAGGUCGACUGGAAUAACAUUCGUAACUCUCCUCCCCCCUUCGUUCCCACCCUCAAGUCUGAUGAUGACACCUCCAAUUUUGAUGAACCAGAGAAGAAUUCGUGGGUUUCGUCCUCUCCGUGCCAGCUGAACCCCUCAGGCUUCUCCGGCGAAGAACUGCCGUUUGUGGGGUUUUCCUAUAGCAAGGCACUGGGGAUUCUCGGUAGACCUGAGUCUGUUGUGUCGGGCCUGGACUCCCCUGCCAAGACUAGCUCCAUGGAAAAGAAACUUCUCAUCAAAAGCAAAGAGCUGCAAGACUCCCAGGACAAGUGUCACAAGAUGGAGCAGGAAAUGACCCGGUUACAUCGGAGAGUGUCAGAGGUGGAGGCUGUGCUUAGUCAGAAGGAGGUGGAGCUGAAGGCCUCUGAGACUCAGAGAUCCCUCCUGGAACAGGACCUUGCUACCUACAUCACAGAAUGCAGUAGCUUAAAGCGAAGUUUGGAGCAAGCGCGGAUGGAGGUGUCCCAGGAGGAUGACAAAGCACUGCAGCUUCUCCACGAUAUCAGAGAGCAGAGCCGGAAGCUCCAGGAAAUCAAAGAGCAGGAGUACCAGGCUCAAGUGGAGGAAAUGAGGUUAAUGAUGAAUCAGUUGGAAGAGGACCUGGUUUCGGCAAGAAGAAGGAGCGAUCUGUACGAGUCGGAGCUGAGAGAGUCCCGGCUCGCCGCCGAAGAGUUCAAGCGGAAAGCGACGGAGAGCCAGCAUAAGCUGAUGAAGGCUAAGGAUCCAGGGAAGCCUGAAGUGGGAGAAUAUUCCAAGCUGGAGAAGAUCAAUGCUGAGCAGCAGCUCAAAAUCCAGGAGCUCCAAGAGAAGCUGGAAAAGGCUGUGAAAGCCAGUACAGAGGCCACCGAGCUGCUGCAGAACAUCCGCCAGGCCAAGGAGCGUGCCGAGCGCGAGCUGGAGAAGCUGCAGAACCGUGAGGAUUCUUCUGAAGGCAUAAAAAAGAAGCUGGUGGAAGCCGAGGAACGCCGCCAUUCUCUGGAGAACAAGGUAAAGAGGCUAGAGACCAUGGAGCGUAGAGAAAACAGACUGAAGGAUGACAUCCAGACAAAAUCCCAACAGAUCCAGCAGAUGGCUGAUAAAAUUCUGGAGCUGGAAGAGAAGCACCGUGAGGCCCAGAUCUCAGCCCAGCACCUAGAGGUUCACCUGAAACAGAAAGAGCAGCACUAUGAGGAAAAAAUUAAAGUGUUGGACAAUCAGAUAAAGAAGGACCUGGCUGAUAAAGAGACCCUGGAGAGCAUGAUGCAGCGCCACGAAGAGGAGGCCCACGAGAAGGGCAGGAUUCUCAGCGAGCAGAAGGCGAUGAUCAAUGCGAUGGAUUCCAAGAUCAGAUCCCUGGAACAGAGGAUUGUGGAGCUGUCAGAAGCCAACAAACUUGCAGCAAACAGCAGUCUUUUUACCCAGAGGAACAUGAAGGCCCAGGAAGAGAUGAUCUCAGAACUCAGGCAACAGAAGUUUUACCUGGAGACACAGGCUGGGAAAUUGGAGGCCCAGAACCGGAAGCUGGAGGAGCAGCUGGAAAAAAUCAGCCACCAAGACCACAGCGACAAGAAUCGUCUGCUGGAGCUGGAGACCAGGCUGAGGGAGGUCAGCCUUGAGCACGAGGAGCAGAAGCUGGAGCUGAAGCGCCAGCUCACGGAGCUGCAGCUCUCCCUGCAGGAGCGCGAGUCCCAGCUGACAGCCCUGCAGGCUGCCCGGGCGGCCCUGGAGAGCCAGCUCCGCCAGGCCAAGACGGAGCUGGAGGAGACGACCGCGGAAGCAGAGGAAGAGAUCCAGGCGCUCACGGCACAUAGAGAUGAAAUCCAGCGCAAAUUUGAUGCCCUUCGUAACAGCUGUACUGUAAUCACAGACCUGGAGGAGCAGCUAAACCAGCUGACAGAGGACAACGCUGAGCUCAACAACCAAAAUUUCUACUUGUCCAAACAACUCGAUGAGGCUUCCGGCGCCAACGACGAGAUCGUGCAGCUGCGGAGCGAGGUGGACCAUCUCCGCCGCGAGAUCACGGAGCGAGAGAUGCAGCUCACCAGCCAGAAGCAAACGAUGGAGGCCCUGAAGACCACCUGCACCAUGCUGGAGGAGCAGGUGGUGGACCUGGAGGCCCUGAACGACGAGCUGCUGGAGAAGGAGCGGCAGUGGGAGGCCUGGAGGGGCGUCCUCGGCGACGAGAAGUCCCAGUUUGAAUGUCGGGUUCGAGAGUUGCAGAGGAUGCUGGACACUGAGAAACAGAGCAGGGCCAGAGCGGAUCAGCGGAUCACCGAGUCCCGCCAGGUGGUGGAGCUGGCGGUGAAGGAACACAAGGCCGAGAUCCUCGCCCUGCAGCAGGCUCUCAAAGAGCAGAAGCUGAAAGCCGAGAGCCUCUCCGACAAGCUCAGUGACCUGGAGAAGAAGCACGCCAUGCUGGAAAUGAACGCCCGGAGCCUGCAGCAGAAGCUGGAGACCGAGCGUGAGCUCAAACAGCGGCUGCUCGAGGAGCAAGCCAAAUUACAGCAGCAGAUGGACCUGCAGAAGAACCAUAUUUUCCGUCUGACUCAAGGGCUGCAAGAAGCUCUGGAUCGGGCCGAUCUGCUGAAGACGGAAAGGAGUGAUCUGGAAUACCAGCUAGAAAACAUUCAGGUUCUCUAUUCUCACGAAAAGGUGAAAAUGGAAGGCACUAUCUCUCAGCAAACCAAACUCAUUGAUUUUCUGCAAGCCAAAAUGGACCAGCCCGCCAAAAAGAAAAAGGUUCCUCUGCAGUACAGUGAGCUGAAGGUGGCUCUGGAGAAGGAGAAAGCUCGCUGCGCAGAGCUCGAGGAAGCCCUUCAGAAGACCCGCCUGGAGCUCCGGUCCGCCCGGGAGGAAGCUGCUCACCGGAAAGCCACAGACCACCCGCACCCGCCUACGCCCGCCACCGCGAGGCAGCAGAUUGCCAUGUCUGCCAUCGUGCGGUCGCCUGAGCACCAGCCCAGCGCCAUGAGCCUGCUCGCCCCGCCGUCCAGCCGCAGGAAGGAGUCUUCAACUCCAGAGGAAUUCAGUCGGCGUCUUAAGGAGCGCAUGCAUCACAACAUUCCUCAUCGCUUUAACGUGGGCCUGAACAUGCGAGCCACCAAGUGCGCCGUGUGUCUGGAUACUGUGCACUUCGGGCGCCAGGCGUCCAAAUGUCUCGAAUGUCAGGUGAUGUGCCAUCCCAAGUGCUCCACGUGCUUGCCAGCUACCUGUGGCCUGCCAGCCGAAUAUGCCACACACUUCACUGAGGCCUUCUGCCGUGACAAAAUGAACUCCCCAGGUCUCCAGGCCAAGGAGCCCAGCGGUGGCUUGCACCUGGAAGGGUGGAUGAAGGUGCCCAGGAAUAACAAGCGAGGACAGCAAGGCUGGGACAGGAAGUACAUUGUCCUGGAGGGAUCCAAAGUCCUCAUUUAUGACAACGAAGCCAGAGAAGCUGGACAGAGGCCGGUGGAAGAAUUUGAGCUGUGCCUUCCCGACGGGGAUGUAUCUAUUCAUGGCGCCGUUGGUGCUUCUGAACUCGCAAAUACAGCCAAAGCAGAUGUCCCAUACAUACUGAAGAUGGAAUCCCACCCGCACACCACCUGCUGGCCCGGGAGGACCCUGUACUUGCUAGCUCCCAGCUUCCCCGACAAACAGCGCUGGGUCACCGCCUUAGAAUCGGUCGUCGCGGGGGGGCGAGUUUCCAGGGAAAAAGCCGAAGCCGACGCGAAAUUGCUUGGAAACUCCCUGCUGAAACUGGAGGGUGACGACCGGCUAGACAUGAACUGCACACUGCCCUUCAGCGACCAGGUGGUGUUGGUGGGCACUGAGGAAGGGCUCUAUGCACUGAAUGUCUUGAAAAACUCCCUCACCCACGUCCCAGGAAUUGGAGCAGUCUUCCAAAUUUACAUCAUCAAGGACCUGGAGAAGCUACUCAUGAUAGCAGGAGAAGAGCGGGCCCUGUGUCUUGUUGACGUGAAGAAAGUGAAACAGUCCCUGGCACAGUCGCACCUUCCCGCCCAGCCAGACAUCUCGCCCAACAUUUUCGAAGCUGUCAAGGGCUGCCACUUGUUUGCUGCUGGCAAGAUUGAGAACGGGCUCUGCAUCUGUGCAGCCAUGCCUAACAAAGUCGUCGUUCUCCGCUACAACGAAAACCUCAGCAAAUACUGCAUUCGGAAAGAGAUAGAGACCUCAGAGCCCUGCAGCUGCAUCCACUUCACCAACUACAGUAUCCUCAUCGGAACCAAUAAGUUCUACGAAAUUGACAUGAAGCAGUACACGCUUGAGGAAUUCCUGGAUAAGAACGACCACUCCUUGGCGCCCGCUGUGUUCGCCUCCUCUUCCCACAGCUUCCCUGUCUCGAUCAUGCAGGUGAACAGCGCAGGGCAGCGGGAGGAGUACCUGCUCUGCUUCCACGAAUUUGGGGUGUUCGUGGAUUCUUACGGAAGACGGAGCCGCACAGACGAUCUCAAGUGGAGUCGCUUACCUUUGGCCUUCGCCUACAGAGAGCCCUAUCUGUUUGUGACGCACUUCAACUCACUCGAAGUGAUCGAGAUCCAGGCGCGCUCCUCCCUGGGGACUCCUGCCCGAGCGUACUUGGAAAUCCCGAACCCACGCUACCUGGGCCCGGCCAUUUCCUCGGGAGCCAUCUACCUGGCGUCCUCGUACCAGGAUAAACUAAGGGUCAUCUGCUGCAAAGGAAACCUCGUGAAGGAGUCCGGCACCGACCACCAUCGGGGCCCCUCCACUUCCCGCAGCAGCCCCAACAAGCGAGGCCCGCCGACGUACAACGAGCACAUCACCAAGCGCGUGGCCUCCAGCCCGGCGCCACCCGAAGGCCCCAGCCACCCGCGAGAGCCAAGCACACCCCACCGCUACCGAGAGGGGCGGACAGAGCUGCGCAGGGACAAGUCUCCGGGCCGCCCCCUGGAGCGGGAGAAGUCCCCAGGCCGCAUGCUCAGCACGCGGAGGGAGAGGUCCCCGGGGAGGCUGUUUGAAGACAGCAGCAGGGGCCGGCUGCCUGUGGGAGCCGUGAGGACCCCCCUGUCCCAGGUCAACAAGGUCUGGGACCAGUCUUCGGUGUAAGUCUCCGAAAAACCA